AUAACUUAUGAUCAGUUAUAGUAUACAGUAUAUGUUGCCAAAGCCAGAAGUGAUCGCAAAAUUGAUGUUGAUUUUUGAAAUGAAGACACUGAAUAUUACAAUGAGGGUGGUGGUAAUGAUGAUAAUAAUGUAUGAUGAUUAUAAUAGUUGGGACAUGAAAGUUCUAAAGAAGAUUCAGCUAUCUUAAUGGUCAACAUAUCUUUUCUGAAUGUCUAUUCUGCAAUGCUUUUAUCACUUCAAUGUUUAUCACUCUUUUACACUUCCUCAGUCAAAGAUGCGUACGAUUAUCAAGACCGCUCCUUCCUACAUAUUCCAAUGGAUCUUGACGUCGACCUCAAGUCAGAGGACCCACCCGAGAAAUGUUACCUGCCGAAGAAGCUCCUGCACACCUGGACGGGACAUACGAAAGGUUUUGCAGCUAUUAGGCUUUUUCCAAAGUCAGGUAAUUUGUUGUUAUCAUGCGGAAUGGACAGUAAAUUAAAAUUGUGGGGAAGUGUAUAACAAGAGGCGUGUCAUCUGCACAUAUCUAGGUCACAAGCCGGCUGUCCAUGAUGCAUCCUUCAAUAUAGUGGUGAUAAGUUUAUCAGCUCAGGCUACGACAGAUACAUGAAAAUUUGGGAUACAGAAAAUGGUUAAUGUAUAUCAAGAUUUACAAACAAUAAAGUUCCUUAUAUUGUGUGAAGUUCAGCCCAUAUGAAGACAAACAACACAUUUUUGUAGCAGGCAUGGCAGACAAGAAAAUUGUACAGUGGGAUACACGAGCAAAUGAAAUAGUGCAGGAGUACAACUGGCAUCUUGGUGCGGUCAACACGAUCACCUUUAUUGACCAGAAUCGCCGUUUUGUGACGACAUCGGACGACAAAAGCAUCCGGCUUUGGGAAUGGAUCCCGGUGGAUUUCAAAUACACUAACAUGUAUCCAAUGCCUAGUGUGACACUCAGUCCCAAUGAAGACGCAGAUGGUAGAUUGAACAUCUGGAACUGGAAGACAACUAAACUGUUAAAAAAAUUCAAAGCCCACGAUGGCGUCUCAAUAGGCUGUAUAUGGCAUCCACACGAAACAUCCAAAGUUAUUACAUGUGGAUGGGAUGGACUCAUUAAACUGUGGGAUUGAAAUUAUAUGGAUCUGUUGGAUUAAGAUUGAAUGGAUGCAUUGAGCAAAGGGAUUAAGAUCGGAUAGUCUCAUUAACAUAAGUAUGGAUCAACUCAAGAAAUUGGGAUUAAGAUGGAUCAUCUUAUUUAAUUGGGAUUAAGAUCGGAUUGGAUCGACCCAUGAAAAUGAUUUGGGAUUAAUACUUAUUCACAUGGAUAUUAUUCAGCGCUGUUGCAAGAUUGGAUGCAUUCAUAAAACUCAAGAUGCUGUAAAAUUGUUAUGUAUUGGAUUAGUUUAAUCUCAUAACAAGGUAAUCCUAUUGGAAUGGAUGUUAAGUUAUCACAACCUGAAACAUUUUUACAGAAACUAUUGUGAAUUGUAUAUAUUUUUUAUUCUGAAGAGAAUACAUGAGGACAUUAUUUAAUGGCACAGAUUGGUGACAACUAGAUUAUUCAUGUAAUGUUGCUUGGUAAAAUAGUUAAACACAUUGAUUGCCAGACCCUUUUUUAAGGUUCCUUCCCGUGUGGCAAAACAAGUUUACGUGUACAAACAUACUUUUUUGAAAUUUUAUCUAGUCAUAUUGCAUCCUCAGAAUAAUGUGUAUAAUAAAUUUGCAGGAAAAAUAUUGGGGGUGGGGGGGGGGUU